ACUCGGUCAUUCUCAUUCGCUCCCUUGGCCCAGGUUGGCAAAUUGCUUAAUGCAGUAGGUCUACUCGAUCGACUGAGAAACAUACAUCUGAAUUUUCAUGUCAUCCUCCAAUGAAUCACGGAAAGGCCAGCGCAGCGGUCGAAUCAAAAGACAGAUACUCCGGCGUUUUGAGCUUAAUUAAGCAAAGGGCGGAGUGUCUGUUUUUGACUGGGGGGCUUCAAGAUUGGCCGCAGCAGAUGUGAGCACCGCGUCAUGGACGAGUCGUGGUCCCGCGGCUGGCGGGGAUCAAUGAAAGCUAGAGUAGCUGCUGAGGCUGAGAUAAGUAUGCGCGUGCAGAGUUAAUUUCCUGACAUCUACUGUAUAUUGUAUAGUACUGCUACAAAAGAUACCUCCAAUUGUGUGCGUGCAUUGGUGCUACUGGAGGAAAACCUGGCCUCCUCAACUGCAGGUGGGGACAAUGUGCUUUCUAAGGCAUCUCUCUCUCUCUCUCUCUCUGAAGAUUUAAUGGGGACAAAGCCUAGUUGGCAAUUCAAUUCAGAUUCGAAUACCAGAUCUAUAAGAGUUAAGAGGGAGGGACUCGAAUGUGUCAGCAUACGUAGAUGAAGAUGGAGACUGCAAGACGUCUGUGUGCUCUCUUGUUUCUUUCCAUUGUAUUCAGCCCAUAUCAGCUCGAUGGGUUGAGACCUGAUGCAAUGAAAGAGGGUGAUGCUCGAGGGAAAGUGCUUGCUCCUCAUGGAAACAAUGGCAUUUCUUCAUUUAAUAUUCCACACAGAACCAAUGGUUCUGUUGCUGAACGGAGUAACACGACUUCAAAUAGUAAAGUUGCAUUAAACAAUUAUAAUAAUGGCAAUGGACGUGGAGGUGGUCAGGGAGGGGGAAGAGGAGGAGGAGGAGGUAGUGGUGGAGGAGGUGGUGGUGGAGGAGGAGGAGGNNNNGGAUGGGGAGCAGGUGGCGGGGGUGGGGGAUGGUUUAGAUGGGGAUGCGGUGGAGCAACCAACCCAAAUGGAGAAAGAGGCAGCAGAAGGAGCCAGAAUCAUAAUUGGAGAAAUCGCAAGAACGAGGCAUAUAAGAUGGGAGAGUACGCACAAUGCAUGGGCAAAGGACGUUGUAUGGGCAUGAAACUCGACUGCCCUCUUCACUGUGGUGGACCCUGCUUUUACGACUGCGAAUACAUGUGCCGUGCACAUUGCCGACGACCUUGAGCCGUCCACCACCACCGUCUCUCUCUCUCUCUCUGAUCAUCUUCCACCCUUAUUGGCUUAUUAGUUCGGAGGUCUGAUCAAUUACACUUGCUGGUGUGAGUGCAUGUUCCCGCGUCUGUUGGGUGUUUGCUGUGUCUGUUUGUUUGUUUGUUCACUUCACAAUUCUCAUUAGAUAAGACUAUGCUGAUUCUAUUGGGUAUUUGGGGUUGGAUGAUUUUUCUUAUUGCUUUUGUUUUGGGGACAGACUUUGAGUGAUAUUGUGAAGCACAAGUUAGUGUAGCUUUGCGUGCCUUCUUAUCCAAACUACCCAUGCAUCUUGAUGGCAUGGAGAAUGGAUCGUCUUUGAGUAACUGUGCAA